CUGCUGCGGGGGCCAAUCUCAGCUAGCUCGCUUUUUCCCAGCGGCCUCUGCGGGAGCGGUGGGUGUUGUACACAAUCAUCAUGGCGGCGGCCGGAGCCCCGGAUGGCAUGGAGGAACCUGGCAUGGACACGGAGGCCGAGACGGUGGCGACCGAGGUCCCCGCGCGGCCCCUGAACUGCGUGGAGGCCGAAGCCGCGGCGGGGGCGGCAGCGGAGGACUCCUGCGCUGCGCGAGGUAGCCUGCAGCCGGCCCCGGCCCAGCCCCCUGGGGACCCUGCGGCCCAGGCCUCGGUCAGCAACGGCGAGGAUGCGGGCGGCGGCGCAGGCAGGGAGCUGGUGGACCUGAAGAUCAUCUGGAAUAAGACUAAGCACGACGUGAAAUUCCCCCUGGAUAGCACAGGCUCCGAGCUAAAACAGAAGAUUCACUCGAUUACAGGUCUCCCCCCUGCCAUGCAGAAAGUCAUGUAUAAGGGACUCGUCCCUGAGGAUAAGACGUUGAGAGAAAUAAAAGUGACCAGCGGAGCCAAGAUCAUGGUAGUUGGCUCCACGAUAAAUGAUGUUUUAGCCGUAAACACACCCAAAGAUGCUGCCCAGCAGGGUGCAAAGGCCGAAGAGAACAAGAAGGAGCCGCUCUGCAGGCAGAAGCAACACAGGAAAGUGUUGGAUAAAGGAAAGCCCGAAGAUGUGAUGCCAUCUGUUAAGGGUGCCCAGGAGCACCUGCCAACGGUACCCUUAUCCGGCAUGUACAACAAGUCCGGAGGCAAAGUGAGACUCACCUUCAAGCUGGAACAAGACCAGCUGUGGAUUGGCACUAAAGAGCGGACUGAGAAAUUGCCCAUGGGCUCCAUUAAAAAUGUGGUCAGUGAACCUAUCGAAGGACACGAAGACUACCACAUGAUGAGCCGUUGGAGUAUUGCUUUACAGAGCUCAGUAAAUUUGCUAGAACGAUCUCGAGCUCUAGCUCCUGACCCUGUCUGCAUGGAGACCUUGCUGGGAGCCCUCGGGAUAGCAGAGGUGGACGGCAGCAGAAGCCACUGGGAGAAGUAUUUGACUAAGAUCCAUGUCUGGGUCACAGCAGUAUUCCCGGUUUUUCCCUCUGUCCCGUGAGCAGUCUCUUCCUAACCUUGUUUUCGGUCCAGAAUGUUCCGACUAAAUCUGUGUUAGCAAAUUGAAGUCCUUGUUCCCCCUCGGUGGCAUCACAGUGUUAAUUUGUCCUCAGGAUUGUUUCUGUGCAGUUCCUUCGCUGGGGUCGUGCCCUCCCUCACCGUGGCAGAGGACAGGCACCAGGAGGAGCUGGUCCUGGGGAGGGGCUGGGCACGCAAGGAGCCAGGCUCGACAUCUUUUCCCUGUGGGGAGCUUCGCCAAGCCUCCCCAGGGGCUGCUUUCUCCUCCAGGCUUUGUGCUGGCGAUCAUCCUCCGGGGCUUUGCUCACGGACGGCAGGCCUUUCUUCCCUCCCCGAGAGCACUGGCAGUCACCCCUGCCAGAUGCCAGGCCCUUGCAGCUCUGUUUCUGCCAGUCCGGUCCUCUGAAAAGCUGCCUCGCGAGCUGCUGGAACUCCUCUGGUAUGAAGUAUUUUAGUUGAAGCUGGGCCUUGCGCAAGUAGCGUUCGCUCUCUUUAGAUGAGACUGAACCGAGCUAAGGGUGCUCCGUGGACACAGUGGGGGCCGGCGAGGCCUCGGUAGGCACUUAUUUGCUGCUCUGCCUUCCAAGGCCCAAAGAGACCAACUCUGCCACUUGGCCACGUCUCAGAAAAGUUGCCAUAUUUCAGCCAGAAGGGACUUGCUUUCCUCUUCUCUUCACUUUAACCAUGUGCCUGGAGGAGCCAUCCUGGCUCUUGCAUUUGGCCUCCCCUUUCUUUGCUGGGGCAGCGAAGGGGAAGGGAUAGACUCCGUGUGCCAGGGCCAUGCAAGGGCAGGCUUGCUUUCCACCCCAUCUUCUGAGGGAGACCUUUCUCUUGCUCCUUGCUGCUCUCUUCAUGCCUAUUGUCUUGGAAAAGGAUGGUCCCUUGGUCUGAAGGCUUUGUGAGGAAGUCCUCUCCAGCGAGGACUGGCACCUGUUUCCUUCUUAAUAGGGCCGGACGGCCUCUCCGGAGUUACAGGUGGUCAGGAGCCCUCCGAAGUGCAGAAUUUCUGGCACCUCGACCUGCCAGGCUGGGUGGUUCUACUGCUUUCUAAAUUUCUAGAAACCUCUUUCCUUUUCUUUCUUAAAGAGUUCUGCAGAAUUAUUUGACAAUAUACGUAAGUACCAUGUUUCCUUGUGGUGUGCACUCUGUUCUGGUUUCUGUUUUUAAAUCAAAUGCCUGUUUGGGAGGAGAUGAACGUAUUUAGUCUAUUAGAUCUGCGCUGCUGGAUUUUUUUUAAAGUGUAACCUUGACUAGCUGUCUUAUUGUUUAUCCUGUAAGAUUAGUCUAUCAAUUAAAGUUUGAUAAUUAA